GCAGGAUAUAGCUAUCCACGGAGAGGAGUAUGUCUGUCAAAACAUCCAAACAGCCACCACAGUGUUCUUCGUAAAUCCGUUCUCGCAAGUCACACCUCGCAGUUUCUGUUCUUCACUCUCUCUCUCUCUCUCUCUGCGAUUUCUCUCCACAAAUCAAAGGGGAAGAAAUGGGCACCCAAAUGCCUGCAUGUAGCGAUCGUACAAGGACAAACUGGACACCAGCAAUGGAGUGCUAUUUUAUUGAUCUUUUAUUAGAUCAGGUGCAUAGGGGGAAUAGGAUGGGCCAUACAUUCAACAAACAAGCUUGGACUGAUAUGCUGACCAUGUUCAAUGCCUAUUUUGGAUCCCCAUAUGAUGAAAAGGUCUUGAAAAGUCAUUACACUAAUUUGUGGACUCAAUUCAAUGAUGUAAAGAGUCUACUUGAUCAGAAUGGAUUUUCAUGGGAUGAUACUAAACAAAUGGUGGUUGCCAGUCAUCAUGUUUGGGAUGCUUACAUCAAGGUUCACCCAGAGGCACAGUUUUAUAAAAACAAAACCUUGAUGAACUUCAAUGAUUUGUGCUUGAUAUAUGCACAUACAACAGCAGAUGGAAGAUACAGCCUAUCAAGUCGUGAUAUAGACUUUGAUGAUGACAUUCAAGGAGUGAAUACUGGUGUUGCAAUGAAUAGCCUUGUACUGGCAAGUAAAGAGCAUUCAAAAAUAGAUUGGACACCAGCCAUGGACCGAUAUUUUGUCAAACUUUUGCUGGACCAACUUAAAAAAGGCAAUAAGAUCUGUAAUACAUUCAAGAAACAAGCAUGGAAUGAUAUGCUCACCCUGUUCAAUGGAAAAUUUGGCUCUAAAUAUGGAAAGAGUUUCUUAAAACACCGUUUUAAGAAAUUAUUGAAAUAUUAUACUGAUGUGAAGAGUCUACUUGAGUUUAAGGGAUUUUCUUGGGAUGAAAUUCAACAAAAGAUAUCAGCAGAUGAUUAUCUAUGGGAUAAUUACAUCAAGGCACACCCAGAUGCGCAUUCGUAUCGUAGGAAGACCUUGCUAAACUAUUGCGAUUUGAAACUGAUAUUUGGAAAUGCAGUAAGCAAUGGACAUUGCAGUCAUUUAUUGCAAGGGAGAAACUUUGAAGAUGAUAUCAUACAAAUCAAGAUGGUCAGUUUUACCUAUCCUGUAGCUGAAGAAAAGGAGGGCCGUACCUCUUCUGAUAGUGAAUGUCGGAGAACAAAUUGGACAUCAACAAUGGAUCGUUUCCUUAUUGAAUUGUUACAAGACCAGGUGCUUAGAGGGAAUAAAAUUGGUCAUGGAUUUGUGGCCGAGGCAUGGAUUGAAAUGGUUAGACUGUUCAAUGCAAAAUUUGGAUCUCACCAUGACAAAGAUGGUCUGAGGAAUAGAUACAAACAUUUAAGGGGACAAUAUAAUGAUAUAAAGGUUCUUCUUGACCAGAUUGGGUUUUCUUGGGAUGAAACAGGAGAAAUGGUAACUGCUGAGGACUAUGUCUGGGAUUCUUAUACCAAGGUGCAUCCUGAUGCUCAGUCAUAUAGAAAUAAAUCGGUUCCCAGCUAUCACAAAUUAUGUGUUAUAUAUGGUGAAGAAGUUUGUAAUGGAAGACACAGCAUUUCAACGUGCAAUGCAGAUCUUGACAGUGAAGAACCAGAUUUGAGAAUUGGGGAGGAUAUCCAAUGCUAUGCAAACAGUGGUUGUUCGACAACAGAUUGGACACCUUCAAUGGACCGUUAUCUCAUAGAUGUAAUGCUAGAGGAAGUGCAUAAGGGGAAGAAGAUUGAUUACACUUUCAACAAUCAAGCAUGGAUAGAUAUGUUUAUGUUGUUCAGGGAACGAUUCUCAUUACAACAUGACAAAGAUUUUCUGAAAAGUCAUUAUAGAAGUUUGGAAAAGCACUACUUUGAUAUGAAAAAUCUUCUUGAACAGAGACAAUUUUCGUGGGAUGAAACACAGCAAAUGGUCACAGCUUUUGAUGAUGUUUGGGAUGCAUAUGUGAAGGAACACCCAGAUGCAAAACCAUACCGAAUUAUGCCGAUACCAAAUUAUAAUGACUUGUGCUUGAUUUAUGGAAAUCCAGCUUCUGAUGAACGGUGUAAUGAAGCGCGUCAAGAUCUAGGAUGUAACGGUUUUGAAUUCUCUGAAGGUGCCAGACUUAACAAUAGCUAUCACCAAAGAAUUGAUUGGACACCAUCGAUGGACCGAUAUUUUAUUGAUCUAAUGUUAGAGCAAGUUCGCAAUGGAAGUAUGGUUGAUCAAAAAUUCAACAAGCUAGCCUGGAGUGAUAUGAUUGCAAAGUUUAGUGCAGAAUUUGGGUCUCAGCAUGACAAAGAUGUCCUAAAAAGUCGUUUUGUGAACUUGAGGAAGCGGUUCAAUGAUAUGAAAACUCUACUUGACCAGAGUGGUUUUUCUUGGAAUGAAAUGCAACAGAUUAUACGAGCUGAAGAUGAUGUCUGGGAUGCUUAUGUUAAGGUACAUCCUGAUGCAAUAACAUACCGCAAUAGAACUCUCCCAAAUGUCAACGAUUUGUUUUUGAUAUAUGGAAAUGACAACACUGAGCAAAGGCAAAAUUACUCUGGUCACUCUAUGGAUGCUGAGGACUAUGAGCUGGGAGUAAAUAUUGUUGUAGGUGAAGAGAAUUACCAGUCCCCUGCUAAUAAUGAUCCUCUGAGGAUAAAUUGGACAAGGGAAAUGGACCGUUAUUUUAUUGACCUUAUGUUAGAACAGUUGCAGAGAGGGAAUAAGAUUGGUCGUACGUACAAUGCUCAAGCUUGGACCUGGAUGAAUGCAACAUUUAGUAAAAAAUUUGGAUUCCUUUGUGAUAAAGAUGUACUAGAAGAUCGGUAUUGGAGCUUGAGGAAAGAGUAUACGGACAUCACAGAUACCCUCAAUCAUAAUGGCUUUUCUUGGGAUGGAAUUCACCAAACAAUGACAGCUGAUGAUGAUGUUUGGGAAGCUUAUAUCAAGGAUCAUCCAGAUGCAGUUACAUACAGAGAUAAGAUCUUGGGUGAUUAUUGUGAUUUGUGCUUGAUUUAUGGUAAUGAAAGUCAGCAUAGUAGAUCAAGUUAUUUCGACGUAAAAAUGGAGAUCAACACCAACACCCUGGGGAUGGGGAUUGACGAUAUAAUUGGAGAUACACAAUCUCCAAUUACGGAGUUUGAAAUAUCUCAUCUGAGAAGAAAGCGAAAAUCUACUUCUUCAUCAACCUCAGGAUGUAUCCAAAAAGUUCGGAGAAACAUCAAGAAAGAGACACAAGAGGCUGUUGAGGGGAAGCCAUGUGUAGUAAAAACAUAUUUGGGUACUGAGGAAGACAAAGACUACAGCUCAAUAGAAUGUAUAGUUGCAGCACUUCAAACCGUUCCUGACAUGGAUGAUGAGAUCUUCUUGGAGGCUUGUGAACUUUUAGAAGAUGAGAGAAAGGCCAAGAUGUUCGUGGCCAUGGAUGUCACAGCACGGAGGAAGUGGUUAUUGAAAAAGCUUAGACGGUAGCAUCUAUUUUUCUUGUUAAUGUCAGAUAUAAUUUUGGUACUUUCUUAUUGGGGAGUUUUUCCAAUGUAAAUCAGAUCCUAUAUUAGUGUAAAGGCAUUUUUCAAUGCAAUUUCCUGUUUGAUUUCCU